CCUCUUCUCCAGUCGGCAGCCGCCGCUUUGGUGCUCGGGGUGCGCCUGCAGUUCUCCCUCUUGCUGCGCCGCCAUGGCCGCCUACAGCAAGUUCCUCACCGCGCGCUACUCCACCAUGGCCGGCGCCGCCGCCGCCGCUUGCGCUCUGCUCUGCCUACUCACCAAGCGGCGUAAAGCCGCCGCCGCCGCCGCCCAACACGGAAAGAAAAAUGGAAAAAAUUUACCCAGCAAUGAGAAAGAAGUCAAGAAAGAGCGAGCUGUCGUGGAUAGAGUAUUUUUUGCAAGAAUUUGUCAAAUCCUGAAAAUUAUGGUCCCUAGGACAUUUUGUAAAGAGACAGGUUAUUUGAUACUUAUUGCCAUUAUGUUGAUACUUCGCACGUAUUGUGACAUUUGGAUGAUUCAGAAUGGUACAGUUAUUGAGAGUGCUAUCAUUGGCCGCAGUAGAAAAGAUUUCAAGAGGUACUUGUUCAACUUCAUCGCUGCCAUGCCUGCAAUUUCCCUAGUGAAUAACUUCUUGAAAUAUGGGCUAAAUGAGCUUAAAUUAUGUUUCCGUGUGCGACUUACCAAGUAUCUUUAUGAGCAGUAUCUACAGAGUUACACGUACUACAAAAUGGGCAAUCUAGACAACAGAAUCGGUAAUCCUGAUCAGCUACUUACACAAGACGUCGAAAAAUUUUGUAACAGCGUAGUAGACCUAUAUUCAAACCUCAGCAAGCCAUUUUUGGACAUCGUUCUAUAUAUCUUCAAACUAACAAGUGCAAUAGGAGCACAGGGCCCUGUUUCUAUGAUGGCCUACCUGAUUUUUUCAGGCUUUUUCCUUACACGCUUAAGAAGACCUAUUGGUAAAAUGACUAUUACAGAACAAAAAUAUGAAGGAGAGUAUAGAUAUGUCAAUUCACGGCUCAUUACAAACAGCGAGGAAAUUGCUUUUUAUCAUGGGAAUCAAAGGGAAAAACAGACAAUUCACAAAACUUUCCACAAACUGGUAGAACACCUGCACAAUUUCAUUUUGUUCCGGUUUACAAUGGGCUUUAUAGAUACCAUUGUUGCUAAAUACCUUGCUACCGUAGUUGGCUACCUGGUUGUUAGCCGUCCGUUUCUAAACUUGUCUCAUCCACGUCAUCAGAAUAGUACCCAUGCAGAACUUUUGGAGGAUUACUACCAAAGUGGAAGAAUGUUACUGAGAAUGUCUCAAGCCCUUGGCAGAAUAGUUCUAGCUGGUCGUGAAAUGACUCGAUUGGCUGGCUUCACAGCUCGAAUCACAGAAUUAAUGCAAGUUCUGAAGGAACUAAACAGUGGGAAAUAUCAACGAACCAUGCUAGCACAAGAAAAAGAAUUAGAUCUAAAGCAAGCUACCCCAUUGAUUCCUGGUACAGGACGGAUUGUCAUAACAGAUAACAUUAUCAAGUUUGAUCAUGUUCCGUUGGCAACACCAAAUGGCGAUAUGUUGAUUAAAGAUCUCAAUUUUGAGGUGCGAUCUGGUGCAAAUGUUCUGAUUUGCGGGCCAAAUGGAUGUGGAAAGAGUUCUCUCUUCCGUGUCCUUGGUGAACUGUGGCCUCUGUUUGGUGGCUGUCUAACUAAACCUGAGAGAGGAAAGUUGUUUUAUGUUCCCCAGAGACCGUAUAUGACACUUGGAACAUUGAGAGACCAAGUAAUCUAUCCAGACACUAUAGAAGAUCAAAAAAGGAAAGGAAUUUCUGACCAGGUGCUAAAGGAGUAUUUAGAUAAUGUCCAGUUGGGUCAGAUCUUGGAACGUGAAGGAGGCUGGGAUAGCAUUCAAGACUGGAUGGAUGUUCUCAGUGGAGGAGAGAAACAGAGAAUGGCGAUGGCUAGAUUAUUCUACCAUAAACCGCAGUUUGCAAUUCUGGAUGAAUGUACUAGUGCCGUUAGUGUUGAUGUAGAGGGCUACAUCUACAGCCAUUGUCGGAAAGUUGGCAUCACUCUCUUCACUGUUUCUCACAGAAAAUCACUCUGGAAGCACCAUGAUUUUUAUCUUCACAUGGAUGGAAGAGGAAACUAUGAAUUCAAGAAAAUUACUGAAGAGACAGUUGAGUUUGGUUCAUAACCUCCCCCCCAUCAGCAACCAUGACUGUUAACAAUACUGGACAUGGAAAGGCAGUGUACAUUGUGAUAUAGCAAAGCUGCUUGACUUAUUCUUUAAACUGAUUACUAGGAAUAUGAUAACAAGUUGUCAGUACAUUUACUAUUAUGUAGAAUAUUACUAAUUUGUGUUCAUGUUGGUUUAAUUAUUAAUAUGCUCUAAGAAUGUUCUUAUUCUUGUGUUGUUUUUAAUCUGCCUAAAUUAAAUUGGGCUUAAAUCACUGUAAUGUUGAUUCAUCCUGGGAUGUACACAGUCUGAAGUCAGCUAAUUUGACUUCUGUUUGACCAUACUUCCUCUGGGGAAGGCCCUUAUUAAAAUUAGAUUCACUACCUCUUCUCUGCCCAUUACAAUAGACAUGAAUUUCUACAUCAAAUCCUAAUAUAUCAGUUCAUUGUAUGUACUCUUUUCAGGUUAGGACUUACGGUAUUACUGCAACAUUGUACAGGUUAGUUGGCUUUUCCAUUAGCCAAGGCUGUGGAGACCUUCUGUUCGCAGCAAUGCUGGAUUGAUGGGAGAAAUGACCCUUAGAAUUCCUUUCUAAAGAGAUGAAUUCAGUAUCCUGUGGCCAUUGCUGCUCACUGCUCUUUGAUUCGAUCCUUCCAUUUGUUUUUCCAGCUCAGCACAAAUAAAGUAACAAUAUUCCAUUUGGCCUUUAUAUUCCAAUUUCAGAAGGACAAAUAAGAGGAAUGAGAACGGAACAAUUAAAGAGGAAAGAAAGCAAAACUAAAAAAACAGGAACCAAAAUCCUUGUUCUGAAAUAAAGAUCAUGGACGUUCUCACUUACGAGAGGUCUGAUCUCUUUGUAAUCUGUAGGAAGUAGCAUGCAGGUUCUAAAUGAAAUGCCUUACAUAUCUGCCACAAGGAUUUGGGUUUUUCAGAGAAGAUAUUUGCUUACUGGACAUUUUUCAACCUGGCAUGUAGGUCUGUGAUGUGUGAUUUUUAAAAAUAAUGAAAAAUGUGUAAUGCUGGAGACACAGUAGUUCAGAGUCACCAAGGAACAGUUCAGUCUUUCAGAACUAAUUUACAGUACUUGAAUUGUUUGGCUUCCUAUAAAUAAGCACUUUCGAAACUGGCAUGUGGUAAUAGUUGCUUAAGAUGAAUAUAAAUUAUUGUCCAGGUUUAGUGACAUAGAUGGGUUUGGCAGAUGUGAGUUGGUUAGUCUCUCUGUGCAGUUGACUACCGUUCAUUUUAUAAGAAUUCCUUAAAAGCUGUGCUG